AUCUUGUGAAAAUGGAACCCUUGGAAGAAACAGCGUCUUCAAAUGAACAUGAGGAUUUGGGACCUCAAGAGGAACCAGCACAAUUUAAUCCUCUCCUGAUGGCUGCUUUAAGGGGUGAUAUGGAAGACCUACAACAGAUUUUUGAGGAUUCGGAGGAUCCUGAUCAUGAAAAAGUCAAUAAGUUUUUAAUGGAAAAGGAUAUUCUAGGGAGAAACCUACUAUUUACAACUUGUAUGGUUGGUCAGAAUGAUGUUAUCCAAUCCCUGGCAAAAUAUGGAGUUGACCUGAAGGAUAAGACAGUCAGAGGUUAUACACUUCUCCAUUGUGCUGCAGCCUGGGGUCAGCUAAACACACUGAAAACUCUGAUAGAGCUGGAAGCUGAUAUUUAUGCAACUACAUUCCGGGGUGAAAAUGCUAGAGAAAUUGCAAAUCGAUAUAAGCAAGCAGAGUGUGCUGAAUUCUUGGAUUGGGCAGAGGCCAAGCAGAAUUUGCGCAAUUUUAUUUCCCAAAUCCAGGCAACAAUCACUGAUCCCGAGAAAGUUCAAGGAAAGCUGAAUAAAGAAGAUAAGACUACUUCCCUCAAGGCCUGUCAAGCCAAGUUGGACUGGCUUGAAAAUACAAAAGAGCCUAAUACACAAGACUUUAUUGAUCAGAAGCAGCAGUUGGAGGACAUAAUGCUUCCUAUCUUCACAAAAUUGGCUGCACCACGUGGACAAGACCCUGUUGUCAGCAAAAAAACCUGAAUGAUUUUUUGGUAAGUGAAAUUUUGAUCUAAAUGUAGGUUAUAGAGCACAUCCGGCCAAAUUUUAAAAAAUGGAUUAUUAGACAAUCAGGAAAUCUCUGGAUAGACUAGACUAGAAAAUUAAAAAAUACUUCCUGGAAGAAGGUAACGUCAAACGAUUUCUGUACUAUUAUAGGUAGUCCUCAACUUUCAAAUUUAACAGAGACUGCUCAUUAUAAUCAGAAGUUGUAAUGACCAUAAAGUGGAUCAUUACCUAGUCCAGUGUUUCUCAACCUUGGCUGUGCUGGCUGGGGGAUUCUGGGAGUUGAAGUCCACAGGACUU